UAAGCUGUCGAUUUUUUAAUAACUUUCCGUCGAUUAUAUUAAAUACGAUUGAAACUUGGCAACGUUGCACUUUUAUGAGGUUGGUAGCAGUGCUCGCCUCUGUGUUGAGCCACAUAUGCGGCGCUCGCUAAACGUAAACAUGCCCGCGAAAGGUGAUCGUGUCCGUGACAGAAACGGAAAGUUUUCUACGAAAAGGAAACUCCAGUGGAAGGAAAAUGUCAGAAACGCGUGUAAGAGACGUAAAAUACAGAACGAGGAUUCGAAGGACUCUAUUGUCAAUGGGCGUCGUGUCGUCGAAAUUAAAAUGUUAGCAGAAGAAAUGUGGUGCCCGGCUUGUGACGCUCCACUAUCGUUUCGGUAUGUUGAAAACGAAAAUGUCAUCGGCCUUGCCAGUAUCUUUCGUGUGAGAUGUCACACGUGCCUCUUGCUUCAUGAGGUUAAAUCGAGUAAAUGCUACAAAAAGCGUGAGGACGGCAAUUGCACUCAAUACGACGUGAAUGCUAAAAGUGCUCUCGGUAAGAAACAUAAAAAAACAAAUUUAUCUUGUGUGCGCAUUGUUAUUUACUCUCGAAAUUAUGUUUUAGCUAUGAUUGACGCAGGCAUUGGUUAUACACACAUGAACACGAUUUUGUCGAUACUUAAUAUUCCUAUCAUUAGUAACACAUUGCUUAAGCGGAAUGAACGGUAUGUGGGCAAAUCGCUGGAGGACUUAGCACGUAAAAGUUGCAGAGAAGCAUUGAGACUCGAAAAGGAUUUGAUGUUAGCUGACAUGUCGGUUUUUAGAACUUGUAGAUGCUUCAUAGUAAUAUCUGUGCCUAUGAAAACUGAUCAGAAUCGAACCAAGAACCCGAAGAGCAGUACCACUGAAAACAUCGUGGCAGUUAAAAAUGUAUCAAACGAUUUGGAAAGCCCAGAAGAACAAAAUUCUAUAGUAAAGUUGAAAGCUGCAUACGACGCCGGAUGGCAAAAGAAAGGGUCAGGUCGAAGCUAUAAUAGUCUUACUGCUCAUGGCAUCGGGAUCGGAUCCAAGAAUAAAUUAGUUAUCGGCUAUGCAACUAGAAACAAACGGUGUAUCUUCUGUGAGAAAGGUCACCCACCGGAAGAUCACGACUGUCGACUGAAUCACACUGGCAGUUCAAAAUCUAUGGAAGCCUCGAUGGCUGUGGAAAUUUUCGCGAAGAAUCCAAUGCUUAAGGAGGAGGGCGUUGUGAUUGGUACGAUCAUCGGUGAUGACGAUUCAUCUACUAUAGCCCAACUUCGACGCGAAUCAGAGCAUCCAGUUGAAAAGGAGUCGGAUAAAAAUCACGCUGUCUGCACCCUUAGUAAAGCACUGUGGGCUCUGAAGAUCCCGAGUAAAGUAAUUGAUUACAUCAAGUAUUGCUUUGGUUGCGUACUAGAAAAAAAUAAAGAUAAUGAGGAAGCCGUCAGGACUGGUCUUCUAAACAUAGUUCCACACGCCUUCGACGACCACUCGAACUGUGGAACCUGGUGUGGAUACAAUAAAGAUCCAACUACAUAUUUGCACAAGAUCCUACCCGGAGGUAAAGGUCUAACCGAUGAGAACAUGAAAGCUUCGCUAACGGAUGUGUUGCGAAAGUUUGCUGCCAAUGCGAGACGUCUCGCGCCAUGUGGCUCAACUCAAGGGAACGAAUCAUUUCACAAUAUAUCCCUCAGUAAAACGACUAAACGCAACCACUACGGAGGAUCUGAGUCGAAUGACUUUCGCGUGGCGUCUGCUGUCUGCCAAAAGAAUUGUGGCACUUCGUACGUGGUAUCAGUUAAUACGAAAUUAAACCUCUCACCGGGUAAACAUACUGAGAAGUAUCGAGCUCAAAAAGAUAAGCUGAGAGCGGCACGAGCACUUUCUGCUAAAACUGUAGAGAAGAAACGUCGACGCCGACAACUAUUCCAGCAACGUCACCAUACAAACACGAGGGCAGAAAAUAAGGAAGGCAUCACUUAUUCUUCAGGAUGUGGUUUCAAUACGUUUGUAGAACUUGAUAAUAGCUACUCGAUUCGAAAUACUCCAAUUCCGAGCACCAGUGCCUUAGCGUUUUUCGAUCUAGAAACAACAGGGCUAUCGAAAACAUCCGAAAUCGUCCAAGUCUCUGCCAAACUCGGUUUGCAAGAAUUCAACGCUUUCAUUGUGCCCUCACAUGGCUUUUCACCGAGUGCGUCUCUCGUGACAGGGUUGAGUGUGGAUGAUGGAGAAUUGUUUCAAAAUGGGGAAAAGAUGAAAACCAUGCCGCGCAGGCUGGCCUUGAAAUCUUUCAUCGACUUCUUGACACCUGGUCCUGUAAUCCUCAUUGCCCAUAAUGGCGGACGUUUUGAUGCCCCUAUGCUGUUGAACGAGUUGAGAUCUCUGGGAUUGUUGCAAGACUUUCAAUCAGUGGUGUUUGGAUUCUGCGAUACCCUGCCUCUUUUGAAGAAAAAACUACCAGAAAGAAUAAAAGCUAAAAAGUCCUUUCGUCAAUCGGUUUUGGCUGAGGAUUUAGUGGGGAGCGGGGCUGCCGAUGGUGCUCAUGAUAGUUUAGUAGACGUUAGGAUGCUGGCCAAUAUAAUUGAGUCUGUAGGCAUCAACAACGAAGAACUACGAUCUAAUUCCGUGACUGUACACUCGGUACUUAUGGCACAGGUGGAAGCUGCUAAAACUAAAGUAAACAGGCAUGAUUUGGAUUGCCUGAAGGGGGGAGUAUCCACAGGAAUGCUUACGAAAAUGGCGAAGGCUGGUGUAACUAUCGACUUUCUAAAGAAAUCGUAUUCUGAUGGUGGCGAAGACGCGGUUACUAUGCUUUUAGGAGAAGACGUAAACGGCCGCCCUCGCGUCACAAAAAAUAAGAAGAUUUUGCUUAAUUUAAUUACAGAGAUUAAGAAAUUACUAUCGUAGCCACUGUCGAUGUUCAUCUUUUGUUAGUAUAUCGAAAUGUGAUAGUAGAGUUUAUGACAGUCGACCGUUAUAAAAUAACGAUCCUCGUGUAACUGAAUAGUUAUUAU